GUCACCGGGCAAUCAUAAACAAUUAAAAGUGGAAUGUGGUUCUGAAUCAUUUAACCUCUCGCUAAUUACUGUUCACAAUUUUUUAGUCAAGGAUAAUAGUUCCAAUGUUUUUAACAAAAAUACAAAUUUCAUCCUAUUGAGUAACGUCGAUCCGAAAGGUGGGUGGUAGGGUUUUCGAAACAACUUUACUUCUACCUUUAGGAAGCAAGGUUUGAUGUUUUUCAAAUCUAGAGGUGAAUACGCAAGUGCAUUAAACCGUGGUUUAACCAACAGUUUCGGAUUAGGUGUUGGAGGAUUCCGUCCAAGAGCAUGUCAUAAAAUGAUUGCGAGUGAUUAUGUAUUGGAACUUUGCAAUGUCUUCUAUACGGGCCAGGUGGAGCCCAGCACUUGCAUGCAGCGGAUGAUGGGUAGCGUUAAAACGGGAAUUAUUCUUAAGGAUGUAUCUUUGACAGUGCAAUCUGGAGAGGUACUCGCUGUAUUAGGAUCAAAAGGGAGUGGAAAAAAGGCGCUUCUAGAUGUCAUUUCUCGGAGAGUUCAAGGGCCCACGCGUGGCCAAAUACUUCUUAAUAGUCAACCUAUGAGCAUCUCCCUAUUUCAACAAAGGUGCGGGUAUGUUUCUCACAAGUGCGACCUUAUCCCGGGCCUCAGCGUGCAAGAGACUCUGUAUUUUACUCCGACAAAGGUUUCAGGAUACACCAAAAAGACCAAAGUAAAGCAAGUGAUGGCGGAUCUAGCACUUUCACAGAUGGCCAACCGCUGCACGGAAUAUUUAACCCAGAGUGAAUACCGGAGGUUAAUAAUUGGCGUUCAACUGAUUAAAGAUCCAAUCAUUCUUCUACUGGACGAGCCCACUUUGGACCUGGAUCCAUUAAACACAUACUUGGUAAUAUCGAUCCUCUCAAACGCAGCGAAGAAGUACGGAACCGCCAUAAUUCUCACAAUGGAAAAGCCACGAUCUGAUGUAUUUCCAUUUUUGGAGCGAGUGUUGUACCUCUGUCUGGGCGACGUGGUGUAUAUGGGAGGCACUCGUCAAAUGCUCGAGUAUUUUAAUGCGAUUGGUUUUCCUUGCCCACAAUUAGAAAACCCUUUGAUGUAUUAUUUGUGUUUGUCUACCGUGGAUCGCAGAUCACGCGAACGAUUUGUUGAGAGUAACCAUCAAAUAACGGCACUGGUAGAAAAAUUUAAAAUGGAAGGAAAUGCUUACAACAAAGGAGCUUUGUCACAUACACUGGAAAGGGGUAACGGAAUGGUAGGUCACAAUAACAAAAUACCUCUACUGCAGGGGAGGCCUUCGUCUUUUUAUGUAGGUUGGAUCCUUUACAUGAGACUCCUAGUUGCGACAGUUAGUGUACGAAAAGCAGGACUAAAGCAAUUAUUUCUACGAUUGUUUUUUGUUCCACUGUAUUUCUUUAUUUUGUGGUGUUUCUACAAUGACAUAAAGAAAUAUCAACACACCUUUAUAACUCGUAAUGGUUUCAUUUUUAACGUAUUAGCUGGUGUUAGUUUUCUGGGAAUCAUUAACACGGUGUUAAUUUAUCCAGCUUAUCGUACAAGGUACUAUCAAGAAUCCCAGGAAGGUUUAUAUGGAGGAACGUUAUUUUUAAUUACGUAUAAUUUUGUGUCUAUACCAUUUUCAUUUGUCUCCAUACUUGCAGCUAGUGUAAUUGUAUAUCCGUUGGUUGCCCCAAUCGCCAAUGAUCCUUUGCAAGACUUCCUCUUCGUACUCGUUCUAUGGGCUUGCUACAUAUUUACAGAACAGCAAACUAUGGCACUAUUGAUGAUAGUGAAAGACUAUUUAACAGCCGCAAUUUUAAGCAUUUACAUAACAAGCCUCUGUUUGGCACUAAGCAGUGGGAUUUUAAGAUCUAUGAAAGGAUUACCAGAAUGGCUCUAUUAUUUAACGUAUGCAACACAGACCAGGUACGCAGCCGCAUUUUUAAGCAGGCAAGUGUUCUUGGCACCGGAACUUCACGACCCUUUGCCGUACGACGCCCAUCGCAAUUGUAGCAGCAUGGGUCUUAUAGAAACUUCAAACGUAAACGGUUUGACUAACGCCUUUUGCCGAUACGCCAGUGGGCAAGCUUUUCUAACUGAAAGAUACGCGAGGGAAAACACAGAGUUGAUAUUCAGUGGGAUCCUAGAUGUGGAAACGAACAUCGGAGCAUGUUUUGGAUUUGCUUUCGGCAUAGUGAUUUUUAACAUGUUUUUAUACCUUAUACCAUUACCGGCGUUUGUAAAAGCGAAGUUUCGUGAAGAAUAAGUUACUAGUGUAAGAAAAAUGUAUUUAUUUAUUAAAUGUUUUCUCUUGUGAUGAUUAUUGAAAGUA